AGCAAUGCUUAGUAAUGGUGCGUGGAUUAUUGUACCCCAGGAAGGACCCAGAAAUGCAACAGGUGCGUUUGAAAAAUAAAUUGACAUACAAAGAAGAAAUGUUCAAUAACCAACCAUUAUAAACAAUAUGGUGAAGCUAGUAUUCUAACCAGUUCUUGCAGUUUCAAAAUGUGUUUUCUUAAAGCUACGUAUACUCCACUGUUCAUUGUUAGGUGUAAAUUACUGCAUUAGUUAACAUCAACUUCUUCCCUAUGAUGGAACUGAAUACGCAAGGCAUGAGUAGCCUCGCCAGGUCUCAAGGCGCCGCCAAUUAUAUCCUGCAGUUCGUCGUGAUAGGCGGGGCAUUGUUCUGUCAUACAUUCCACAUACGGGUGAUAAGGCGGGACAAAAAGGAAUGCGUGUCUCAACAGACAAGAAACUGAUAGAAUUCCAGAAAUGCGAUUGGACAAAGUGCCAGUGCGCCGCCAAUUACAUCCCGAGUUUCAUCUGGAUGGCUAAGAACCGAACAGUACAGCGGAAGUCUCCAUACUAAGCAGAAAAAAGAAUUUUCAAAUACUGCAUUUAUCAGUUUUGUUUAUUAAAAAGUGCUCCGGAAUCGCUUUUUUAUUUUUUAUUGGACGUUUCACUGCUCCCUACCAGACAUCCCGUACUCUGGUUACCACAAUUUAUUUCCGAAAUGUUGGCAGCGCGUAGUAGCUCUAUGACGGGCUCCGAAGUAGGACGAAUAUGUUUGUUGUCCGGCGGCCGGAAGUUUAAACCAAGCCACGUGCAAUACCCUUAAUCGACCGGCCGGGACUUCCGUCCAGUGGUCAUUGUGGCUUGUUUGGAAUCGGGUCUGUGUGGAGCUUCGAUGUGGAGAGGCGGCUUUGAACCUAGAGUGACGGACAGGCGAGGUUUACAGGGCCAAUAUUGUCACAUGACAAAGCAUGGUGAAAUUCUUACUCAAAUGCACUUAUCAAUAUGUAGCUCCUCUGCAUUCUCCAGCACGAUGAGACGGAGCCCCUGUUUGAAGAAAAGCAGAGCCUAGCGCUAAGGUGCUCGACAUGGAGGGGCAAUGUGCUCACAGAGAUGAGGAGUCUGAAUCAAAGGGCAGCCCCAUCCCUGCGAUGAAUGGCUGGGAACUGAUGUCUGUGCAAGUUAAGGAAGAAGACUGUGAGCAGGAGCUGGAUCGCUACAGCGAACAGGAAUGUGACUCGUGGUCUGUCUUUGUUAAACAAGAGAGUGAUGAGGCAGAGUGUGGUAGCAUUAAACAAGAGUUUUUGGAGCAGGACCCUGUAAGCUUUAAACAAGAGGACUUUCAGGUGGAGUGUGUCAAUAUUAAACAAGAAGAUGUUGAGCAGAGUUCUGCUAGCACCGAAACGUCAGAUUAUGAAACUGAAGAGGGCCUUAAUGUGAGUUCUAUCUCGGGUGAUCUGUGUCCAGAUGAAAGUGAGACAGACAGUAUUAGAACUUCUCAAUGGAAAAAACAAUUGCCUGGUUUGCAUUCAAAUCACGUAAAACCACAGCACCCAGAAACAUUACAGUUUGAGUGGACUGAGCAGGAUUCGUCCAGCACAGACGUGGUGGAUGGUCCACUGGCAUCUCCUUCUCAUCGGAGUGGUUUGGGUCUACAAUAUGAAACAUCGCUUUUUACAUCAUAUAACUCUGAGCAGGAAGAGAAUAAAAUUAAUCUUCAGAACAAAAGUGUCAGGGGUUCAAGGUCCAAGAGUCUAAAAUCAGCCUCUCUGCAGUGCAGUAAACGGCGGGUUCAAAAGCUGAUAGGGUUCGAUGGUACUAAAAUUUCCCAGGAGAUUGAGACUACCGAAGUUCUGUAUUUUUGUGAAGUGUGUGGCAAGGGGUUUGAUCAGAGAUCUUAUUGUGAUGAGCAUCAGGCAACUCAUUCUGAAAAUAAACCUUUUUCCUUCACUGAGUGGAUCAGGACGUUCUUAGAGAAGGGGCUACAGAUACCAAAGGUAACUCCCACUGGCGAGAAACUGUACUAUUGUACAAUCUGUGAGAAGAGGUUUUCUGAGCGAGGUGGACUGCGAAGACACAAGAGAAUUCACACUGGAGAGAAACCAUAUUGUUGUACAGAAUGUGACAAAAGAUUCACAGAGAAAGGGGGACUGCAGCGGCACCAGAGGAUUCAUACUGGGGAGAAGCCAUAUUGUUGCAAUGAAUGUGGAAGGAGAUUUACUCAGACUGGCCCAUUACAGAAACACAACAGAAUGCAUACAGGGGAGAAGCCAUAUUGUUGUACUGAAUGUGGUAAAUGUUUCACAGACAAAGGCCACCUUAAGAGGCAUAAACGAAUCCAUACUGGUGAGAAACCAUUUGGGUGUACUGAGUGUGGGAAGAGGUUCACAGAAAAAGGUCAUCUUGAUACACACAGGAGAAUUCACACUGGAGAGAAGCCAUUUUGUUGCACAGUAUGUGAGAAAAGAUUCACACAAAAUGGUGGACUUCAGAAGCACAUGAGAAUCCACACUGGAGAGAAGCCAUAUUGUUGUACUGAAUGUGGCAAACAAUUCACAGUGAAAGGUCAUCUGCAGAGACAUGUGAGAGUUCAUAUUGGAGAUAGGAUGUGCUAUUCUGAAGAUAUAGGUGUAAGUACAAAGUCACACCGUGAUGACCAGGAAUCUAAAGAAAGCUGCUGCCCUCCUCACCGAGAAGGGUCCCACACUGAUAUGGCCAAAAUGGAAGAGAAGCCUUACUGCUCUGCCCAACGGCUUUCAAAGCUCAAGUGUGAAAAGGGCACUGCAGAAGAGUCUUGUAGCUACAAUAACAAGGGGAUCCCAAAGCUCAAACAUGAAAAAGGACUCUUGGAAGAGACGUGUAGCUACAAAAAAAAGGGGCUCUCAAAGUUUAAAACUGAAAAACCAUUCUUGGGGGAGACUUGUAGCCGCAAAGCUAAGAGUCCUACCCCAGAAAAAUCGGUUCCAGAUGAGGAUUGCACAGAGCAAAGGGUUGUUCAGAUCAAAGAAGAAAACUGCGAACAGAAACUCAUGGAAAGUGAAGGGGAAGAAGAGCCAGCAUUCUCAACUGUAAUAGUUGAUGAUGACUGGAAUCAUGAGGGUGUCACUGUCAAAGAAGAAGAAGUAGAACAAGUCUGUGAGCAGAGUCCGGCUAGUGUUAAACAGGAUGACUGUGAGGUGGAUUCCCUGCACAUUAAAAUUUGGGACCCAGAGGAGAAUAGUUUGGAUGAGUGGGUCCUUAAUGAGGAUUCUGCCUGUGAAGAUACAGCUGCAGAUGAAACAGAGUCUAGACAUUUAGAUUCCAUUCAGUGGAGGCGCUAUAUUUCUCAGUUUAAUUCUUCACGUGUAAAGAACUUUGCACCAAAACUGCUGCAUUCAGAGCAAAAAAGGAUCGAGGAGAACUCGUAUGCUGAAGUUUGGGAAGAAGAAGAAGAAGAACCUUCAUCUUCUCUCAAUUGUCCUGGAACAAAUGCACAAGACAAUGACGAAUCCUGUUUUUCUUCAUUUUCUAUGACAUCUCCUCAAUUUAAAAUCCGACAAUAUGGCAACAAACUUGAAGAUGGAAAUUUUAGAAGAUCAGCUUCUUUACAAAAUAAUUCUGUAGCUUCAGGGAAGCUUUUAGGUAUAGAUGCAACUAAACAACAGUGCAUCCAAAAUUCAGUAGCUCUGCAACUCUUCCAGAUGUGUGGUAAAAAGUUUAAUCAAAGAUCUCAAGGUGGUAAUCAGAAAAAACAGCUUGGGGAGAAACCCUAUGUUUGCUCUGAAUGUGGCAAGAUUUUUACACACAAAAGCCAUUUUCAAACACACAAGAGAAUUCACACUGGAGAGAAGCCAUAUUGGUGUACCGAAUGUGGAGAACGAUUCACUCAGAAAAGCCAUCUUCAGAGACAUACAAGAAUCCAUACUGGUGAAAGACCUUACGGAUGCACAGAAUGUGGCAAAUGUUUUAUGAGAAAAAGUGACCUUCAGAUGCAUGAAAGAAUUCACACAGGAGAAAAACCAUAUUGUUGUUCAGCAUGUGACAAAAGAUUCACUCGAAAAAGCCAUCUUCAAAUUCACGAACGUGUGCACACCGGUGAAAAGCCAUUUUGUUGUCUGGUAUGUGGCAGGAGAUUUACUGAGAAAAGUAGUCUUCAAAAGCAUCACCGAAUUCAUACGGGAGAGAAACCCUAUGUUUGUACUGAUUGUGGCAAGAGAUUCACAAUGAGAUGUACUCUUCGCUCACACCGGAGAAUUCAUACAGGGGAGAAACCAUAUUGCUGCAAAGAAUGUGGCAGAAGAUUUACAGAAAGAAGUAGUCUUCUGAAACAUGAGAAAAUUCACGCCAGGGAAAAGCCACAGCGCUGUACUGAAUGUGGUGAAAGCUUCACAACUGAAAAUAGUCUUGAGAAGCACAAAAAAAUGCACAGUGUGGAAAUGGCCUUUCUGAUUGAUAGUGCCCAGCCUGAUAAAGAAGAAGAUUGUGAAGUACCAAAAGAUGAAAUUAAUUUGGGAGCUGUUUCUCAACCCUGAUUCUAACAUGUCCUCAUGUGAGCUCACUGAAUGGCACACACAAGUCUGCCUAGAUUAUAGUGCUAUUUGUGCAGAUAAUCCUGAUGCACAAAUGAAAGGAAGAGACGCAUUUUGGUAGGUAAACUAUGCUAAAUGUGUGCCGAACUGUAAGAGGCAGCUGUGUAUAAGCGUAGAUAUUUAGGUGGUUACUUGAAAAGAUAAACAAGAAAAUGAAAUUCCAGGUUUUUAUAAAUAUUUUUUUUUUAAUAAUUUUCAUCACUGCACUUUUAUCUCUGCCAUCUCUGCUCUAAUUACAUGCAGAUUCUGUGAGCAUUUUUUUUCUCUGCUUGUGUGUUUUAGCUGACUAUGAUGUUCCCUCAAUAGGUUAUGCUUUGAUAUUGGCGAUUUUAAAAUGUCCAGAUGCAGUUUCCAAUCAGGUAGAGAAGAAGUGUCCCACAAUUCAUUUCACUUUCAUUUACUUAACUAUGCUCUGUCUCCAUUAACUAAGAGAAUCGCACUAGCUCUUGACAUGAAAUAUAAGGAGCAUGUUUUUAAAAGAUCUGUCUUGUAGGAGAUCUGGACCAUGAGCAGAUAUCCAUUUGGCCAUGGCUGUCGUUGGUCAUCUGCUUGCAUCAGAUGCUAAAUCAGAAAAGGUGCCAUUGUAAAAUGCUGAGGUUCCCUGCUGUGCUAUUUAUCAAGUAUGCCACUUGCUAUGUGUUCUGCUUACUGCGGCUAUCGAACAAAUCGCAGCCAGUAACUGGAGAUUUCACACAAAUUCACUGUCCCUUAGCUUAGGUGGUGGUGUUCAUACAGCUUUAUUUCCAUUUCAUUAAUGCAUCCUGCACUGCAGCUUGCAUGUCCGUUACUUACUCAAAUAAGUUCUCACCAUAUUUGGAAUUUAAUCCCCUUCAACAAAAUGUUGUUUAUUUCUUACACAGGAUUUUUAUUUAUAUUAAACUGUUAAGAGACAACCAAGUAAAAUGGCUAUUCUCUAGUAAUCAUUCGGCCUUACUGUUUAUAGCAUUAUUAGCUUUUGUUAUUAAGGCAUAGAAGUAGCUAAUAAAAAGAUUAAAACCAUAGUCAUGUUAUUAACAAAAAAUAAUAUUUCUGACCUCCUUUGAGCUCUGCAAUGAAGUUAUUAUUGCCAGAAUGUUCCAGGUAUUAACUGGGAAAAUGUAGGAAAGAUGUCGCUGCUUGACCUGAGACUGAAGGUUCACCGCUGCAUUCGCACAAGACACUGCUGAGCCGUCGCCGAAGUGUAAGGAAACAUUUGUGAUAAACUGGAUGGGGACUUCCCUUACACACUGGAAAUCUUCUUGUUACAUUUAUUUUGUGGAGUUGUAUACAGGUGACAGUGGACGUGGUUAAACCUGUAAAUAUGUUUGAAUUUUUAUUUUAAUGUCAUAUUUUGCAGUGAGUGAUUUCCAAUAGUUUCUUUUUUUUUUGUUUCCUCCCCAUGUUAAAACACUUAUUCAUACUCUGCCUGAUAUCUGACAUAGAGUUGAAUUUUAAAAAUAAUGGAUUCCCUGGCAUCUUACUCCAAUGCACACACUUGGACAAUGGGAUGACUGGCUGCUAAACCCACCAUUGAGUCAGCUUGCAUCCACCCGGCAUCCACCCAGCAUCCCGAGUGCCUUCUGGCCUUAACUUUGUCUUCAAGGAAAUCCCAGCACUUUGAAAUCUUCAGUUUCCGCAGAGUUUGUUAGCAAACGUGCUCUUACUCCGUGCUGCAUCUGGACUUUUCUGGAGAGUUCUAUGUGUUGAUUAAUGUAUUUUUUGCAUUGAUGGAUAUCUUGUAAUAUUUUUUCCCCUCUAAGAUGUUGGAUAGUUGUUUGCCUAUUUCAUUUUGGCUAUUUAUAUUUGUAAUAUAAAGCAGCUGCGUUCUGGGGUAAAAUACAGGUAGAGAUCUGUAACCCGACAUUCUCAAACCCACUUAAUCCAGCCUGGGAUAGCAGUAGGGCCAAAGCAGAAUAAGCCGUUAGCCGAAUAUUCACAGAUAUAGAGUGUGGGAGGAAAACCAGAAAAUCUCAAAGAGGUCCAUCAUAUUUAAAAGCAAGAAUAAAAUCACAAUUUAAGAAAAUUGCAUAUUAAAAACCAACUUGAGCAAUGUUUAUUUAACAAUUCUAAUAGCAUUUUGUAGAUUAUGUAUGGGACAAAUUUUCUUAAAUUAGAAUAAAAUCAUUCAAUUUUAAUGGAAUUCCAGAGUAUGUUGUUACUGGGAACAUGUGUUUUAUGUUGGCUGUUCAGACCCUUUGUUUGGGGUCAUACAAUGAAAUUGCUGGUCCACUAUUACAUCUUUAGUGCUUUCUUCUUUUUUUAUUCUUAUGCUACCUUUAAAUCCUUACUGUGUCAAAAUGAAAAAACAAAUAUCUGAAAUCUGUCAGAAAAAUAAAAUUUGUAGUAUACUG